UUGCUACAACAAUCCAGUGGGCCGAGCUUCAGUGUCUCUCAGGUCAAGAAGGUGGAGCAUGGGUUGUGGCAGUGCUGCUACUUGUUGAGUUGGAGUUGCUGAGACUGGUUGUUGGAGAGUGGAGAAGACUAGAAGACACCAAUGAUGGAAGUGGGGUUUCGGUUGCAGAUUCUCGGAUGGGAGAGGCAGAAAACGAGCAUGUUUUUCCUUCAGAGGUUGGUGGUGCUGAUCUGCCAAUGGGGGAUGCUGAUGCAGCUGCGCACAGAACCAUUGGUGGAAGAGAUAGCGAGGCAGAGGAAACUGGGGAUAGGCUGAAGCAGAGCCUUGUUGUGUCGAGCGUGCAACUUGCCGCAAAGAUCAUUUUAACUCCCAGGACAAAAGUGCUCCUUCAGCUCAGCGAAAGGCUCUUUCCAUGCCAAUGGAGAGAGCUGCGGCAAUUGGUGGCUAUAUUGGGUACUGUUGGUGGUCCAGGUGCACCGGGAGGGCUGGCUGGCGGGAUCAGAAGCAUAGCUUACUCUGCAGCUGCGAGCAUAGGAGCAGUGCACGAUGAUCUCCAGGUAAAUCAGAGGCCAAACAUCCCCGUGCUCCGUGCACUCAUGGGGAUGAGUGCUAGAUUGUGGCCGUUGGAUGGGUGGCUAAUUGGAGGAGCUCCUAUCUGGCUGCCAUUGGAUAUGGUACUCGAAGAGGCAGUCGGAGGGAAACGCAUUCCGUUGGUUUCGACUGUUGCCCAAAUUGCAGAGACGGUUACGGCUUUGCGCCAGAUUGAUGGUGCUCCGUGGCGGGAUGUCAUGCUGGCACUAUGGCUGGCGGCUUUACGCACAGUGAGCCGGGUAUGCUACUCGUUUCUUGCUCAAUAGUGGAUCCUGAGUUCUUAAUUCCUUAUGUCAUUUGACUCG